AUGUCAAAGGGGCUGAGAUCAAAAACGCUAAGGCGUUAUAGAACAGCAAAACGACAAGUCGUUGAAGGAGUCAAGUAUUAUCCAAGUGUAGUAGAAUCUUACAAGAAAAUUAGAUUAAUUCAGCAAGGGAAGUACGUUCAGCCCGUUCGGAAACCAAAUAAAUUUUUAUAUCCAGAAGAUGAAAACGCAGUUUUUCCGCAAUCCAUUCCAAAAAUGCCUCUAGAUCUGAGAUCAGAGAAUGUACCCUUGGCAGGACUUGCUGGGCCUCGUGGUAGGCGUAAAUUCGAGCCUGGUGAGCUUGAGGAUUCUGGAAUGAGUCUGAAGAUGGACAAGAAGACCAUGUUGGCUUCAGGCCCUCUCAUGGACCUCGAUAACCAGAACUUGGAUAUCCAGAGCACUGCCAGAGAAGGCCAUUUCAAGUCUGGAAAGGCCAAGAAAUACGCCUCAAACAAGCUGAAUAGUAUUAAUAAGCUCAAGAAAUCUAAGAAAUCGUAA